AUUUCCUAUCUAGAAUUAUGAACCAAAUUCCAUUAAUCAGUAUAAAAGCAGAUGGGUCAACAUACUUAACAUCAGUCAAUCAAGUGUUCUACUUGUGCAACUAGUCUCACCAAUCAAGAAAGUGAAUAUGAAGGUCCUCAUCGCCAUCCUAGCUCUGGUUAUGGCCAUCAGCGCCAAUGCUUCUCCUUCGCCAUAUGUCCAAGAUGUUGCGACCUACUCCAAUCCAUGGCCACUGAAGACAAGCACGGUUUGGCCCGCAUACGGUGGAUUGUACGGUGGUAAGGUUGCUGUGGUCCCAGAUGUUGCAUACGGAAAGUACGCCUACCCGAACGUGUAUGGAAGUUGGCCUGUGAAUGGCAAAAACUGGGGAUACUCUUCGCCGGUUGUCGCCGUUGGUGCUAAGGUAGUUGACAAUGGACUGUGGAAUUAUGGUGGCUAUGGAUAUGGCAAGAACUGGGGAUACUCCGCGCCAGUUGGUGCCAAGGUGGUGGACAAUGGUUUGUGGAACAAUGGCGGCUACGGUUAUGGAUACGGACUAGGGCAUAAUAAGUAUUGGUAUUAGUUACCAUAUGAAAUUCAUUUUAAUAAUAAAAAAGCAUUACCGCAACAUG